AUGUUUCAAAAUUCCCAAAAAAAUUCUAGUGUCAGAGAAGACAAAUUAGAUGAUUUAACUGAAGUAAUAUCUAAAUUGGGUGAGUGGCCUGUUGUGGAAGGCUCCAAAUGGAACAAUGACUUCAAUUGGGUUGAUUUUGAAGAGAAAGUAGCUAAUCUUGGCGCUGGUGUACCUUAUUAUCUUCUUUCCGAAGUUACUCUCAAUGAAAGAGGUAAGCGCUCUCAUUUGGAUUCACCAAAAUUCGAAUUUUCAUAUGAAGACAUAAAAAAUCACCAGAAUAAUUCUAUGAUCAAUGCUUACCAUAAAUAUAUGGUGGAUGUCGCGAAGCUUCUCGGUGCCAAUGAAACACAAGCGAAAAUAGACCUCAUGGAAUCACUAAAAUUUGAAUUAAAACUCAUAAAUAUAAGCAACAACAAUAACAUAUCAAAUCAUGUUAAUAACAGUAACAGAAUGUCACUAAAAGAAAUAAAAGAAACUUGGCCAGGUAUAAAAUGGGAGAGAUUAAUGGCUCUGCCGAACGAAACUACGCAACCUUACUACACGAAUGAAUCGAUAAUUUUUGUAAAAAAUUGUCAUUAUGUAAAUGAAUUAGAAAAAUUAAGUAACGAAACUCCCAAAAAAGUGCAAGCGAAUUAUUUCGUAUGGAAGACAAUUCAAUCAUUGAUUCCCUAUGUCGACUCUAGUACUCUAUAUAAGCUUCGACUAACUUAUUCUAAGAUUAGAAAUCCAUCAAAUGUAUCUACGGAUGAGUCGUGUUUCGGUCAACUUGAAAGUUUGUUGCCAAAUCUAAUAAUCUACUAUUAUUCACGUCGUUAUCCGAUCGACGGACGAGCCCAGCAAAGUGUCACGAAUCAGUUCAUCAAAGAUAUGAAACAAAAAUAUUUAGAUACUCUGAAUAGCACUAGUUGGUUGGAUGAUAAAACCAAAGAUUUGCUGAUGGCCGAAAUAAAUUCUUUGAAAUUUGUCGUUGGUUAUCCAAGCGAACUUUUUGACGAUAAAACAUUAGCUGCAUAUUUUCAAGGUCUUGAAAUCACUCCUGGAAAUUUUUUCGAAAUAUAUUUGAACAUAAAAUCAUUCAUUGGUAAAAAAUUCACCGAAAUAUUAAUAAGUUCUAAGAGUUCAUUUGAUUGGAUGACGAUUACUGGAUUGCAGAAUCCGUUGCGAGCCAAUGCUUUCAACUUCUACUAUGCCAAUACUAUUGUUUUAGGUAUCGAAUUACUGAGAAAUUUGUACUUUAAUAUAAACCGUCCAGAUUACACCAAUUUUGCCACGAUCGGGUUCAUUAUUGGACAUGAAAUAGGGCAUAACAUUCAUUGUUCUUACGAUUCCGUUAAUAAAUUCGGAAUAAAAGACAAUGGAUGGAGUGUAUUGUCAGAUAAAAAAUUCAGUGAAAUAAAAGAGUGCUUUAUUGAACAAUACUCGAAUUAUUCUCAUGAAGCAACUGGAAAAAAGCUAGAUGGUUCAUUCUAUCUGAAAGAAAAUCUUGCUGACAAUUUGGGUAUACAAGUUGCUUAUUCUGCCUAUCAAGACUGGGUCAAAAAGAAUGGACCUGAACCAACUUAUUCUAGCUUGCCUUACAAUUCGAAUCAAUUAUUUUGGUUAACGUACGCAAAUAGUUGGUGCACAUCAAAGUCAUCAUUGCUCCAAGUGAAUUCAGCCGAUGAGCAUGCUCCAGUUGAUAAACGUGUCAUUGGAGUUCUGUCAAACAGCCGAGAAUUUUCGAAAGAUUUCAAAUGCCCUAUUGGAUCAUCUAUGAAUCCUGUUAAAAAAUGUAGCGUGUUUUAGUAAUGAUCAUCAAAAAUUUUUAUUAACUCUGCAGGCAAUAUUCUAUUUAUUCCAUUGAGUAAUAAAAUCAUUAAUCUAUUUACUGAUAUGUUUUUUUGUCAUUUUAAGCCGUUCAUAAAACGGUAAAAUUAUAUAAUAUGUCUUCAUGU